CAACCCACUCUCUCUUCAAACCCAACAAUAACUCAAAAACAACCCCCAAAAUCAACUUUAUUUUGCAAUUAAACCCCUAUAAUUACAAAAUAAGACCCUAAUUGUAAAAUUAAACACAUUAUCAAGCACCUUUUGAAGAUUCACCAUCUUUUUCAAACAACGGCAACCCAACUUGAAGUUGGUUGGUGAAAAAAAAAACUACAUUACAUUUCGCCUAAAUUCAUCAACAUAAACACUCACCAAUCGAAGAAAGAAAAUUCGUUUUAUUUUCUCGGUAUCCAAACAGAUUUAAAAAUGGCGCAAGUCACCAAAAUAGCCACCGGAAUUCAAAACUCUUACACUUUUCCAAAUUUCUCAAAACCCCAAGUACCCAAAUCAUCAGUUUCAAUUAGAUCACAGAAUAAUAAUAAAAAUUUCUCUUCUUUUUCUCUGGGUUUAAAGCAAUUGAAAACUCAAAGAAAAAAUGUUUUUAAAAUUUCAGCUUCAGUCGCCACCAAAGAGAAGCCGUCAACGGCGCCGGAAAUUGUAUUGCAACCCAUUCAAGAAAUAUCGGGUACGGUUACAUUACCCGGUUCCAAAUCACUUUCUAAUCGGAUUCUUCUGCUCGCUGCUCUCUCUGAGGGUACAACUGUGGUUGAUAACUUGUUGAAUAGUGAGGAUGUUCAUUACAUGCUUGGUGCAAUGAAAACACUAGGGCUGCAAGUGGAGCAUAAUAGUGAGCUGAAACGAGCUACUGUUGAAGGUUGUGGCGGUUCUUUUCCGGUGGGUAAUGGGUCGAACGGUGAUGUUGAACUUUUUCUCGGGAAUGCUGGAACGGCUAUGCGUCCGUUGACUGCUGCAGUAACUGCAGCUGGUGGAAAUUCAAGCUACAUACUUGAUGGCGUGCCACGAAUGCGAGAGAGACCAAUUGGGGAUUUGGUGGCUGGUCUUCAGCAGCUUGGUGCAGAUGUUAAUUGUUCUUCUACAAACUGCCCACCUGUUCGUGUUAAUGGAAAAGGAGGCCUUCCUGGUGGAAAGGUUAAGCUUUCUGGAUCAAUCAGUAGUCAAUACUUGACUGCUUUGCUCAUGGCAGCUCCUUUGGCUCUAGGAGACGUGGAAAUUGAGAUUAUUGAUAAAUUGAUAUCCAUUCCUUAUGUUGAGAUGACUUUGAAGUUAAUGGAACGUUAUGGAGUCUUUGUAGAACAUAGUGCUAGCUGGGAUCGUUUCUUCAUUCGAGGAGGUCAAAAGUACAAGUCACCUGGAAAUUCUUAUGUCGAGGGUGAUGCUUCUAGUGCUAGUUAUUUCCUUGCUGGUGCAGCAAUCACUGGUGGAACUAUCACUGUUGAAGGUUGUGGGACGAGCAGUUUGCAGGGAGAUGUGAAGUUUGCUGAGGUUCUUGAGAAAAUGGGAGCUAAAGUUACUUGGACAGAGAACAGUGUUACUGUCACCGGACCACCCCGCAAUUCACCUACUCAAAAACACUUGCAUGCUAUUGAUGUGAACAUGAACAAAAUGCCAGAUGUUGCUAUGACACUGGCUGUGGUUGCGCUUUUUGCCGAUGGCCCCACUGCCAUUAGAGAUGUGGCAAGUUGGCGGGUGAAGGAAACGGAACGGAUGAUCGCCGUUUGCACAGAACUUCGAAAGUUGGGAGCAACGGUUGAGGAAGGACCAGAUUACUGCGUAAUCACUCCGCCUGAGAAACUAAACGUGACAGAGAUCGACACUUACGAUGAUCACAGAAUGGCCAUGGCAUUCUCGCUCGCUGCCUGUGGAGAUGUUCCGGUCACAAUUAAGGAUCCCGGUUGCACACGGAAAACUUUCCCCGACUAUUUCGAAGUUCUCCAGAGGUUCACAAAGCAAUAAACCUCAGUCUGAAGCCGGCAGUUAAUAUAAGAGGUUCAUGAUACACUGAUAGUGCAGAAGCAUCCGUAUGUUAUUCUUUUUCCCCAUAGAUCACAUGUAAUCUUAGAUAAAUUGUGCAAGCGAGUUAAAAUUUGUAUUCGGCUGUUUACCUUUUCUUUUGAACCAAUGUUUUUUUCGACAAUUUGUACACGAACGGAUUCAACUUAUGUAUCAACUAAGGCAGCUUCUUCUGUAUUAGAUUGUGGUUUGUUUUAUUCGAGCUUAAGACGGUGGAAAAUUAUCACCAA